AGAGGAAGUAUUAGCGAGUGCAUCAGCUAGAAUCUUCCCCCCUCGGCUUCAUUGCCCUCCCGUUCUUUUUUCUUUUUACCCUCAACUUCCCCAAAGGCAAAGGAGGGGGGAGACUGCGAGAAGAUCUUGCAAGGAACGGAGGAUCACCGAGUGGUGCCCUUUUCCUCUGCAAAGAGAAGGGAGCCGCGGAGAGAGAGAGAGAGAGAGAGAGAGAGAGAGAGAGAAAGCAAGAACCAUCUUCCUGUUUGGCUCUUCAAUAAACUGCAACCUUCUUUCUAAAGCAGUAGCCAUGUUGUUUAUCCCCGGCUUGGACUGGACCAGGAUGAAGACUUUUCUUCCAACACCUGUGUCCUCAGGGUCACCUGAUCUGCACAAAUGGCUGUGGAUCCUUCUUGGCUUCUGCAGGAUGUUUUCUGCCCUGACUGAAAACUAGUCCUUCUUUUCUCUAGACUAGCCAAACCCAAAUCCUGCAACCGUUCUUCCUAUGUUUUAUCAGCUCCUUGCCUGUGAUUUUGCGACUAGGAUUAGUCUUGCCUCUGGAUGGCAUAUCUAGAUUAGGGAAUAAACCGGACAUCGAUAUGACCAUGAUGGUCAAAGGCUUUGCCUCGCUUUCUUUUUUCCAUUAAACACCCGAGUUGGAAGAUCAUCGAAAAGCAACAGUACAGAGAGAAACCGCCAGUGCAUUCCAUACAUUCCCCUCCCCGCUCGGAACAGUUGGCAAGCUAGAAGUGGCACGGCUGUCCUAGCGCAAGCAAUCUUUGUAGCUGGACAGCACCUUUUGAGAUUUUUUUUCAGAGUUUAUGCAGUUGUGGUCCUAUCGAGGACAAUAACUUUGGAGAUCAGGAAAAAGUCGAUCCUGUUUUGUUUCUGUUUCUUUUUUGUGUGUGUGUGUUAAUAAACACAGAGAAAAUGCAUGAAGAAUACCCAGCAGAGGAAGGACAACGAGAAGUUCCUCGUGGCGCUUGCCCUGAGACCCCCGGAGACAAAACUAGACUGAAGAGCUUAGAGGAAGAAGUGGUCACUUGGCAUGGUCAGUGCCACUGUUUCAGGGACUUCCGCUAUGAGGAAGCCAAGGGACCCCGAGAGCUUUGCAGCCAGCUCCACCACCUUUGUGCUCGGUGGCUGAAACCGGAAAGGAUCACCAAAGCUGAGAUGCUGGACCUUGUGAUCCUGGAGCAGUUCCUGGCCGUCCUGCCCCUGGAGAUGAAGAGCUGGGUCCAGGACUGUGAACCAGAGACCACUUCCCAAGCGGUGGCCUUGGCAGAGGGCUUCCUCCUGAACCAAGGAGAGGAAACAAAACAGGAGACAUUGCAGGGAUCCUUUGGGGGAGUGAUCUCUGAAAGGCUGGAGACAAGAGGACGUCCAUCUCAGGAGCUGAUCUUCAAUGAAAUUUCCAGAGAAGAUCCAAGUCAGAACCUCUUAACAGGGAACAAAACAACGUCACUUGUGUUUGCGGGAUCAUCUCCCUUUGAUAAAGCAAAACCAACAUCUGUGCCUGUAGCUCUGAGUCCUGUGUCCUUCCAGGAGGUGGCUGUUUUUUUCACUGAAGAAGAGUGGGCCUUACUGGAACCCCAUCAAAAAGCUUUGCAUGAUGAGGUCAUGCUGGAGAAUUCAAGGAAUGUGGCUUCUCUAGGUGAUGGAAAAGAAAAUAAGAAUAAUGAGAAGACAAGGAUAUUUGCAUUGCAAACAAUUAAGUAUGAAGGACAAGAAGAGAUGUUUCAAAACAUGUGGAGACCACAACAAGGGGAGGACAAUCAGCGAAGCAAACAGGGUGAGACGUUCUCAGUUACUCAAAGUGUGGAAAUACAGGACUUCCAGACCCAAGAAAAUCACAAGGGAAAGACAAAAGGAGAGAAUUCAAGGUAUGGGAAAUUGUUCAAAGAUAAACCUGAUAGAACCAAAGAUUGCAGAAUCCACACAAAAGCGAAAGCUUGCGAACGCAGAGACCGCGUGAAGACUUACUAUGAGAACUUCCCUCUGACUUUGCAUCAGAGCGUCUCCCCAGAAAACAAACCAUAUAAAUGCACGGAGUGUGGAAAAACCUUUAGCCACUCCAGUUCCCUCACUUCCCACAAGAGGAUCCACACGGGGGAGAAGCCCUACAAAUGCACGGAAUGCGGAAAAAGCUUUCGACGCAAUACCGACCUUACCUCUCACAAAAGGGUUCACACCGGCGAGAAACCCUUCAAAUGUACGGAGUGCGGGAAGGGUUUCACCAUGAGCAGCAACCUGACGUUGCACAAACGGAUCCAUACCGGGGAGAAACCCUUUCAAUGCGCGGAGUGUGGAAAGAGCUUCAUUCAGAGGGGUCACCUCACUUGCCACAUGCGGAUCCACACUGGGGAGAAGCCAUAUAUGUGCGUGGAGUGUGGAAAAACUUUCAGGUGGAGCAGCCACCUGCCUAACCACAUGAGGAUCCACACGGGGGAGAAACCGUAUAAGUGCGCGGACUGCGGAAGGUGCUUCAGAGACCGUAGUGCCUUUCAGGCCCACCGGAGGAUCCACACAGGGGAGAGAUCGUUAAAGUGCACGGAAUGCGGGAAGACUUUCCGGGGCAGCACGGAUCUCACGAUCCAUAAAAGGAUUCACACCGGGGAGAAACCCUACAAAUGCCUGGAGUGUGGGAAGAGCUUCAUUCGAAGCAGUCACCUGUCUUCCCAUAAAAACAUCCACCCGGGAGAGAAGCCGUUUAAAUGUCUGGAGUGCGGAAAGAGCUUCACUCAAAGCUGUUACCUCAUCUACCAUCAAAGGAUCCACAUGGGAGAAAAACCCUACAAAUGUCUGGAGUGCGGGAAGAGCUUCAGCAGGAGCAGUCACCUUUCUUACCAUAGGAACAUCCACCAUGGAGAGAAAGGCUAUAAAUGUCUGGAGUGCGGGAAAAGCUUUACUCAGAGCUGUUACCUUCUGUCCCAUAAAAGUAUCCACAUCAGGGAAAGCCCAUAAAAAUACUAGGAGUGUUCUGCAUCUUCUUGUCCUUACAUUUUUUUGUAAGCUGACUUGAGUGUUUAUAGAAAUAGAAAGGCAUGGUAUAAAUGUAAUAAUACAAAUAAUUACUACUAC